AUGACCAACACACCCCCAGAUCAGUUGCAGGCAGUUCUACCAUCUACACUAGAGACAUAUGAAGCAUGGGUGCUGUCUCAUGGGGUUAGCCGUGCGGUGGAUGUCUUAGCAGCGGACAAUGGCACUCGUCUGCUUUGGAUAGGGCCAAGUGUAUCAAAGAAGGUACUUCUUUUCUUCCACGGUGGCGGAUAUGUGAUGCCACUUUCUGAAGCGCACUUGGACUGGAUGUCAUAUCUACGAACCGAAGCAGUCAACGCUGGUGUAGAUAUGAGUGUGUGUAUUCUGGAAUAUGACCUGAUACCAACCAGCAAAUAUCCCAGACAGAUGAAACAGGCAAUUUCUGCAUUACAGCGUCUACUGAUUUCCGGGUAUAGACCUUCUGAUAUCGUCUUCGGAGGAGACUCUGCUGGAGGCCACCUGUCGCUUUCCCUCAUGUCGCAUCUCCACUAUCACUAUCAAGCCGAUGAGGAAGCAAAGAAUGUCGUUCACCUACAGAGCCCUGUGAAAGGAUGUUUCCUCGUGUCACCACUAGCAUCGUUCGAGUUCAGUACACCGUCCUACCAAAGGUGGUUCAGUGCCGAUGUUCUUACUCGCAAAAAUGUAGACGAGUGGGGACGUUAUCUUGUCGAUGAUUCUCCAUGGCACGAAGAGAUAUCUGCUGGAUAUGGCUGGGGAAUGGCCCUAGAUGUUCCAGAUAGCUGGUGGGACAGUUUCACGGCUGUAGAUCAUAUUCUCGUGACCGGCGGCUACGAGGAGGUUUUCAGUGAUCAUAUUCAACUGUUGGGCAAGGUCUUCAAAACAAAUUGCAAGGGGAACGUGUCCUUGCACAUGAGUAAUGAAACCCACGACGGACCGUUUAUGGACUUUGCGGCUAGAAGGCCGCCCAGUGCAACUACAAAGGCUAUCAGAGACUUUGUUAUAGCUUGUUUAAAGGACUAA